GCCUGGUAGAUGCCAGAGCUGCAGGAAGGGGCUGCCGAGCUUUGGCCGGCGCUGGGAAGCUGCUGGUGCCUGUUACUUGUUGGGGGGUUCCUGGUUUUUGGGGAUGAAACGAGGAGUGUAGGGGCUCUGGAGGAGGUUUUGGGGUGAAACGAGUGUAAGAGCAGGAGGGCUCUCCCCUAAUCCCCGCCUUGGGACUUUGUGCUGUCCCUGGGGACCGGUGGGGACACUCGGGGCACAGCAGGUCCUGGCUGGGAGAGGAGGAGAAGUCCCCUGCCUCCACUGCGGUGGCUGGUGACGUCCCCCAGGCCGGGGGGGAUCCCCGUGAGACCCAUCAGCUUUCCCUGGCCACGGCGGAUGAGCGAGGGGUGCUCCGGGCUCUCCCCAGCAUCACCUUUGAACUGAAAUGAGCCAGAUCCCCCUCAAAAAACCCCACUGUUUUGGGGCUGAUGCCUCAUUUUCCAGCUCCACUUGCUGCUGCCAGCUAGCCCUCCUCAGCUUUGCCACAGAGGGGCCUCUGCCUGCGAUCUCCCCCCUCGUUAUACCCGGAGACGGUUUUCCUGGCCCUGCUGCCCCUCCCAGCCUACCCAUCGUGGUCGUUGUCUCUCUUUUUUUUUUUUUUUUUUUCUUUACCUCCACCAAUGAUCUCUUCCCCCUUGGUGUUGCUUCCUGUUCGCUGCUGUAUAAAAACCCGGCGCUGCCCACUCAUCCCCACGGAGCGCGGCCACAGCCGGUGAGGACCCAGGUUGGGAGCUGGUGGAGGAUGGACUUCUCCAUGUCCAAUUAUACCUUCAAUUACUCCAACGGGGAUGACUAUUCCAUAUAUGAUUUCGAUGGCUAUGAAGUCCCUCACAGCUACCGCGCCAUCCUGGUGCUCUAUGCCCUCAUCUUCCUCCUGGGCGUCUUGGGCAACGGAGCCGUCAUCUGGGUGACCGGCUUUGAGCUGCGGCGCACGGUGAACGGUGUCUGGUUCCUCAACCUCUCUGUGGCCGACCUCCUGUGCUGCCUGGCCCUGCCCUUCCUGGCCCUGCCGCUGGCCCGUGACCACCAUUGGCCAUUGGGUCACUUCGCCUGCAAGCUGCUGCCCUCCCUCACCAUCCUCAACAUGUUCGCCAGCGUCCUCCUCCUGAUGGCCAUCAGCGCCGACCGUUGCGCCCUGGUGACGCGGCCGGUGUGGUGCCAAAACCACCGGACGCUGGGGCUGGUCCGGGGCACUUGCGUGGCCGCCUGGUUCCUGGCUGGGCUCCUCACCCUUCCCUCCUUCAUCUUCCGCACCACCCGUUUGGACGACUUCUCCGACAAGACCACCUGCGUCCUGGACUAUGCAGCCGUGGGGCAUCACCAGCAAGUCACCGAGCUCGUUACGGCUGUCACCCGCUUCGUCUGUGGCUUCCUGGUGCCCUUUGUGGUGAUCACAGCUUGCUAUAGCUUGCUGCUGGCCCGUGUCCACAGCAAGGGCUUUGCUCGCUCCCAGAAAGCCAUCAAGCUCAUCUUGGUGGUCAUCAUCAGCUUCUUUGUGUGCUGGCUGCCCUACCACGUUGUGGGCUUGAUCCUGGCCUCCACCCGUCCUCACAGCGACUUGUUCAAGGGUGCCCUGGCAGCUGACCCCAUCGUGACCGGCAUCGCCUACAUCAACAGCUGCAUCAACCCCAUCAUCUACGUCGUCAUGGGCCAGGACUUCAAGGACAAGUUCCAGCGUUCCUGGAGAGCCGUGCUGCGGGGCGUGCUGAGUGAUGACCCCACCAGCACCAUGGGGGACAGCAGGAUGAAGACCAAGUCCACCAUGGAUGACCAUAGUGUCAGCACCAAUGUCUGACCAGGAACGAGGUAGCUCUAGGGCUGGAACAUCACUUGAGGCCACUACCUUCUCCUCCUCUCCUCGAGGUCCUCCUGGUCCCCGUAGAGAGAAGAUGCCUUCAUCAUCCCCUUUCCCCACCAGUUGCCCCACGUGAUUGCAGGCUGGGGAAUUGUGUGCCCACCUAGCCCUGGGGCCCUCCUGGCUUCCUCGGCAGCUUGCCGGCAGCAAGAGGAUGUUGUCUUUGCCUGCAAUACCCACUUCUCCUGCUUCUCCAACCCAAGCGUGGACCCUAUUUUCCCCUCUCUCAGCCCCAUAAGAGCUGUGUUGCCCAAUGAACCCCCUCCCAGCCCCCCAUCUCCACCACCCAACGAGGUCCAAGAUGCAGGUGAACCCACCCCCAUGUUAAACUCCCCCUCUGUCACCCCAAAAACUCAAGUCCACCCCAUUGAUGGGGGGGGUGGUUGCCCUUCACCAUCCCCAUGUCUUCACCGUAGCUGUGUCCAAUGUUGCCAAUAAAUAUUGAAGCUCCCUCAAGCCUUGAGCAA